ACCGCGUUGCUUUACAAAUCUAAUUUCAAAGGAAUUCUCGGGUUGUGGUAUACCUGUUUAUUUUUUGGAUUGGAAGAAUCGUUUGGAUCAAACAUAUUUCUGUUUUGUAUAAACUAAUCUAUAUAAGACAUUGUUUCUUUUUUUGGGCUAGAUUUGGCAGCCGCAAACACAAUAGUCUUGCUUUGACGCAAAAAAAAACCCAGCUUUUCUUCUGAUUUAAUUAAUGUCUCAAACAGAAAACUCGUUUAAGAACUCACUUCGUAACUUUCAGCUCUCGAGGUCAAACAAUAUCUCUUUGCCAACCAACACUGGAACUUCAGCACCCGCAGGAACUUUCCAGUCGUUUCGCGAUUCCGCUAGCAAUGCUUUUUCUAAUGUCACAAAUACAGUACAAGGUUAUAUGCCUCUUGGCAAUGGUGGAGAAGAGGAAGAGGAAGAUCCUUGGUACCAACUUUCACGCGUCGAGAGAGUAAUGGCCUUUGCGUUGUGUCUUGCACUUGGUAUUGGCUGUUUUGCCCUGUCCUUUUUCUUUUUACCUCUCUUUCCAGGAAAGUUCGCUGCUACAUUUACAUUGGGUAGUAUUUUGAUAUUAGUGAGUGUGGCAUUAUUACGUGGUCCUUGGGCUCACACGAAGCACAUGAUCUCUAAAGAAAGACUGCCAUUUACUAUAUCUUAUGUCGGAUCUAUGGCGUUGACUUUAUAUGCUGCUAUUGGUAUUCGUGCCAUGAUCUUGACUGUCCUUUUUGCUAUUAUACAAAUCGUUGCGUUGAUCUGGUAUGUUGGAUCUUAUAUUCCCGGUGGUGUUUCAACAUUAAGAUAUGGCACUGCUUAUAUUGGAAGAAGAGCAGCAUCUGUUUUACCCAUUUAAUGAAUAAUAAAUUUUUAUU